UUGCCUAUGCAUAAUUUACAUUUGUAAAAAUAAAUAUCGGAUGAAUAUUCCAUCACUGGAUCAUCCCAUAUCAACGAACAAAAUUUAUAUUGAAUGCAAAGCUUCAUUAAUUUGGUUUUAUGAUCCCAGAUUAUUCUCGAUUUCGAAAAACCUAGAUUCAUUCCCUCCUCUAUCUCCUUCUAAUUUUUCUUCGUUUAUUAGCAAGCAACAUCGCCUUAGAUAUAGGGAUUUGAUCCUGCUGCCAACUCAGUUUCUAUUCGUUUUGGUAGAACUAGUAUUGUUGUUGUGAAAUCUGAACUGCAUUUUGGUUUACAGAGAAUGUUAAUUGGCGAGGCGAAAUUUUGGAGGAGCCGGAGAGUCUUGGCUUAAUUUUUGUGGGGUGGGUCUUGAAAUCUUUGCGCCUUGAAGCCAAAAUCAGAGACGUUUCUUCGGUGGGUGUGUGAGAGAGAGAUAAGAGGGGGUUAUGAGAAGAGUACAUGUUAGUUUGGAGGAACAAUGACUGGACCGUCAUUGGGACUUCGUUCAGCGAGUUACGGGGCAUUGGAUAAACAGCUGAAUAAUGUAGUUCCGCCAUUCCAAACUGCACGUAAGCCUUCCAAAAUGAUGAAGGAGAAGGAUUAUUCGUUUCCUUGGAUCUGCAAGUUCGUCCAUAGAAAGAAGAUUGGGAUGCUGCUUCUGUGUGUUGUUUCUGCUGCGGUUUUCCUUUGGGUACUGUACAUGGGCAAAGGUGAGGAUGCCCAAGAAGAACAGCAUAUCCAGCACAUCAGUAUGAACAAUAGCUUAGUUAUGAGUUUCAGGCAAUCCCCAUCUCAAGAUAUUAUGGAUGAUAGAAGUAGUUCCUUGACAAAGAGGAGAGAGACAUCUUCAUUGGCAUCACCUCCUCCUCCUCCUCCACCGCCUUCUCUUCCUCCUCCACCACCUUCGUUUCCUCCACCAGCAAUUUUCAUGGGUUACACUCUUCCACCAGGACACCCUUGUAAUAAUUUUGCCCUGCCUCCCCCACCUGCAGAUAAAAAGAGAACUGGUCCGAGGCCAUGUCCAGUAUGUUACCCUUCCGUUGAAGAAUCUGUUGCCUUGAUGCCAAAUGCCUCAUCAGAUUCACCUGUUAAAAAAUUGGAAUAUAUUUAUGAGGAAAACAUAAGAAGAGAGACGGAAUUUGGAGGUUCGGACUUUGGUGGAUAUCUUACUUUAGCCCAGAGGACAGAUUCUUUUGAUGUAAGGGAGUCAAUGAGAGUGCAUUGUGGGUUUGUGAGGGGAGUCAAACCUGGUCGCAACACAGGUUUUGAUAUCAAUGAUGAUGACCUUCAUGAUAUGGAGCAGUGUCGUGGUGUGGUUGUUGCAUCUGCAAUAUUUGGAAAUUUUGAUGUUAUAAAUCAACCAAAGAACAUUAGUGAAUAUGCCAAGAACACUGUUUGCUUCUUCAUGUUUAUUGAUGAAGAGACAGAAGCAUCAUUAAAGGAAACUGGUAUCAUCCUGGAAAGCAGCAAGAAAAUUGGGUUGUGGAGAAUCGUUGUGGUCCAUAACUUACCUUACAAAGACGCAAGACGUACUGGAAAAAUUCCAAAACUUCUGGUGCACAGAAUGUUUCCUAAUGCUCGAUAUUCUCUUUGGAUUGACGGCAAACUUGAGCUUGUUGUGGAUCCAUAUCAAAUUCUUGCAAGGUUCUUAUGGAGAAAAAAUGCUACAUUUGCAAUUUCUAGACACUACAAACGCUUUGAUGUGUUUACGGAAGCUGAUGCGAAUAAAGCUGCCGGAAAGUAUGAUAAUGCUUCUAUUGACUUUCAGGUUAACUUUUAUGUAAUGGAAGGUUUGACUCCUUAUUCCGAAGCCAAGCUUCCCAUUACAAGUGAUGUUCCCGAGGGAUGUGUGAUACUUAGAGAGCAUGUGCCUAUUAGCAAUUUGUUCAGUUGCCUCUGGUUCAAUGAAGUCGAUCGUUUUACAUCAAGAGAUCAGAUCAGUUUUUCAACUGUGAGGGACAAACUAAUGGCCAAAACUAAUUGGACACUCUAUAUGUUCUUGGAUUGUGAAAGGCGCAAUUUCGUGAUUCAGAAAUAUCAUAGGGACGUACUUGAACAGAAGGCUGUCCAUCCCCCACCACCUCCACCUUCCUUACCAUCUUCUAUAGUUAAUCCUGUCAGCAAGUUGUCGUCGGAAAAAGUUCCGAGUUUACCAAGGAAGGCUUCCCAAAGACGUAGUCGAGAGAGGAGGUCUCGGCAUCAUCGUAAAGUCAUUGCAGCACGGGACAAUGAUUUGAGUUGAGGUUUUGUUCGGAAAGAGUCAAUUUUAUGGCUUUUUGAACAACCCCUUUUAAAAUAUUUAUCAUACUGGGGAUAGGAUGGCUGUGCAAGAUGAGUGAUCUAAUUCUAUUCUAUUCUGUUCUACAUAGUUCAUUUC